AUGGCUAACAAUAGCCCGCUCCCAGACGAUUCACUUCAAUCUCACACUCGCACUUCCCCUUCGUCUAUUUCUACUCUCGGUUCCUCCAUCACUGGAAACUUCACUAGUUCUCCCCUCAAAUCGGUCCCAUCCGGUUGCCCGCUCUCUUCACCUGCGCAGCAACACAUUGAUCGUCUCAUCCUGAAACCGAUUAAAGCGGAAGCAGGUCUUCAGGAAUUCCACCCUCUCAUUGACGAUAUCCCUCGCCGCAUUGGCAGUGGUGAAAUCAGCAACCUUCGUGACCUUGAAAAAGUUCUCAUCCUUCUCGCGCCAGUAAGUCCCCAUACAAUCUUGUGUGGUUCGCAGGCUUAUCAUUCGAUGUCCGGAAAGACCAUCGCCGUAUCGUCCAAGAACUACCUCCGGUUCUGCGAACAGUCGAUUCGCGUCCUCAUCUCCACCGUCGAAUACCUUCCACCUCGCGAUCUUCAACUCCCUUCCGACCGUCCAUAUUCUAACGGGUACUUCCUUGACCUCGUCGCACAGGUCCGGAAUUACGCACAGAUCAUGGCGACCACUCGUGCUAGAGAGGCCGCUGGUCAGCCUCUAGCGGAAGACGACUAUCAUCCAAGCGAGAAACUCAGUCUUCGCGGCGGCCUGAGUGAGGACGGGACCACCAUCGAACUUGUUCGCACCCGCAAGGGUGGCGAGCCCAUCCCUAUCGCCGCAGAAAGCCAACUGCACCCCGUUCAAUCGAAACCAGCCUCGUUUAAGCGCCCAGUUUACGAGGACUCAGACGAUGAGAGCGUCCACCGCUCCAUGGCUCGCCGAAAGAAGAACGAACCGCCGUCGGAUGUCAUCCAUCACUGCCCCAGCUGUGACAAGGAGUUCAAACGUCCUUGUGACCUGACGAAGCACGAGAAGACGCAUUCGCGUCCCUUCAAGUGCAGGGUGAGAAGCUGCAAGUAUCACGAAUAUGGCUGGCCCACAGAGAAGGAGUGCGAGCGUCACUACAAUGACAAACAUGCUGCUAAUCCCCACCAAUACCGAUGUACCUUCUCCGGUUGUACCUACACGUCAAAGCGUGAGUCGAACUGCAAACAGCACAUGGAGAAGGCGCACAAUGUUCCAUACAUUCGAUCCAAGUCCAAC